CACAACGGCAGCCACAGCUUGGUCGUGAUGGAUAACCCAUCGCCGGAGGCGGCGGCGCCCGACUGGUCGGGCAUGCAGGCUGACGUUCUUGCCACCUUCUUCGAGACCUUCAAAAACCCCGGCGACCUUGUCCGGUGUGGCGCCGUCUGCCGUGACUGGCAUGCUGUGUAUGCGUCGGUCCGUGCGCGUCACGACCUCUUGUCCGGCCGCGCAGUCACACCAUGCCUCGUUUAUGCUUCUGCUGAGUCCUCCGACGCCCGCGCCGCCACCAUCUUCACGCUCACCGGCGGCAGCACAUACGAGGUCACCCUGCCCGAUCCCCCCAUCAGUAGCAGGUACUGGCUGGGGUGCUCUCACGGCUGGCUCAUCACAGCCGACGCCGACUCCGCCGAGGUGCGUCUCGUCAACCCCGUCACCGGCCAGCAGAUCGACACGCUUCCGCCGGUGGCCACCAUCGAGCACGUCAGGGGCCCCAUCCAGAGAAAUGCCUCGGCAGCGCAGGACUACGACUACGAGAUCUACCACUACAACUGGAGAUUGGAGCAGCGACCCGACAGCCGGCCUAUCCAGGUGAUCACGGGGGAGCUCGCAUAUUUCCUCCACAUGCGUGCCUUCCUGUCGGACGUCAGGGUUGGCAGCUGCAUCGUGGUUCUUCUCCACAGCCCCAGGAGCAGUCUCUCUUUUGCGCGAGUGGGCGUGGACGAGCACUGGACCUGGAUCGGGAAGCAGCACUCCUAUGCCGACGUAGUCUACAAUGACGGUGACGGCAUGUUCUACGCCCUCACACUGGCUGGGGGCAUCCACGCGUUCGACAUUUCCGGCGGGGCCUCCACAGUACGCUGCACCAUUGUUCUGCAGAACCAGGUUCAUGGAAUCAUCGGCACCGACACCAAGUACCUCGUCCAGGACCUCGGCGCCAGGGGAUGGCUGCAGGUGUGGAGGAUGCAGGAGCCCGUGCCCUCGCCAGAAGAAUCCCACCCCCACUUGUCCACGACGGUGUGGAUCAAUGUGUAUCGCGUGGACGUCGACGCACAGACGCUGGUGGAGACGGAGACCCUUGGAGACGACACCAACCACGCACUGUUCAUCGGGUGCAACCAGCCGUUCUGGGUGCGCGCCGGCAAGUACCCAGGUGUGGAGCCCAACCACAUCUACUACACGGACAACGAGGAGACUUACGCGCUCUACUACCCGCAGAGUCCGAGGGAUAUCGGCGUCUACAACGUCGACGACGGCAGCUUCAAGCAGUUCCCACCUAUCAGCCAUGGUUGAAUUGGCCACUUCCUUGUUGGGUACUACCUAGCCUUGGUUAUAUACCCUCAUGUUACAAACGAAG